AUGGACCGUACACCUGAAAGAGAUAGUGACAACCAAUUGAUGUCUGUUGCCGUUGGGACUAAUGCACCUACUAGCAGGAUCGAUUUUGAAGAAGACAACCAUUUUCCUGUAACUGAUUUACAGGAGAGUGGCUAUUCGGCGGAGCUAAGAGAUUCGCCCGCCGCAACGCUUGCAUUAGAUGACCGUGAUCCCACGGCUUCAUCAUCAUCAGUGGCAGCCCCCACUGUUGAUCAAGUUAGUAGAGCUCAGAAAUUAGACCCAAAAGAAAGGAGUAUUUGGUUUGGUACAGGAACAAAGACAGUUGACACUGAUCUUGAAGAACAAAUAUUAAUGUUAAAAGAAACUCAGAUCAAGUACACAGAGCUCCUCAAGCUUGCAAAGCAGAUGAUGCAACAUUUCCAGAGAAUGACUGACAGUCAGCGCGAUUUAGCCGCUGCAUUUGCAGACUUAAAAAUGAAAUUACCUGAGUCGGCUGAGUUACAAUAUGGACUCAACAACAGCGUUGAGACUCAAAGAUCGCUGAUAAUGAACGGUGAAAUUCUUCUAGGAGCGCUUAGUUUCUUCAUAUCCAACCUGACCACUCUUGUGCACACAACCAUGGAAGAUUCUAUUGUUACAGUGAAAACAUACGAGUCCGCUAGAGAGUCUAUGCCACUAGCCAAACAUCAGCAUGAUAUCCAUAAAGAGAAAUUUGACAAGCUUCGUACUACCUUAACGAUAAAGCUUGGAUUUUUAGAGGAAAACAAAGUUAAGGUGAUGCAAAAGCAAUUACUGCUUUUCCAAAAUGCUACAAGUGCUUAUUUUUCCGGGGACAAACAGGCCUUGGAGAACUGUGUCAAGACGUUUCAUUUCAAAAUUCCUAGAGAGUGA